CCAAGAACUGUCAAAAACCUGAAGUCCCUCUGGGACAAUAUGAAGGCCCAGGCGCGGAAGGCCCUGGGUAACGAGCGGCAGGGCCUGUAUGGCACAGGAGGUGGUUCCGUAAAUCCGGCCACCCUGCCGACAAAGGUCAACGAGGCUGUGCUGCAAGUUAUAGGAAAGAGUGCAGCUGGGUUGCAGAACCCUCACGACCAGGGGCGGACUGGCCCGAGCGGGAAUCUGAUGUUCCCAAGGAAAACAGUAGUGAACUGUUUUUUUUGUUUAAAGACCUUGUAUAUGCCUGAAGUGAAGAGGAGUUCAAUGAUAGAUGGAAAGACGCUAUGGAAAACGAAUGCAUCAAUAAGGCCUCCAGAGUGAAGUGCCAUUUGUUAAAGCUAAUGCCCCGAAUGAAUGAGUGGGCUCUUUUUGCAAGACGUGAUUUGCUUACCAGAGGUAACAACACUAAUAACUACAGUGAGGCCAAUAUGAAAAUUCUCAAAGACUAAAUGCUUAGUCGUCUGAAAGCAUUCAACCCGGUGCAACUUCUAGACUUUCUUCUUACCCGCUAUAACACAUAUCUAAUUAAUAGGAUCAUUGAUGUAGUCAACAACAGAUCCUCAGAUCCAUUCAAGUCUAGGUAUUUCAUUCGUCCUGAGAAGCUGGUAGGCUUGGAAUGUAUGUGUGUCCCAAGUACUCCCAAUACCUAAAAAGUAGUGAACAGAAGAAAGAAGACCGAACACAUUGUUGUGAUGGACUAGGAAAUUUGUUCAUGUCCUGCAGGACAGUCUGGUACUUCAUGCAAGCAUUUAUGCAAGGUUGUUCAAACAUUCAACCUCUCCAGCUCCCAUAUCCACCCUCUACUUCAAUGCAAUGAGACGCACAAGAAAGUGCUCUUUGAGAUCGCUCAUGGGCAUUCUAAUAUGCUUUCUGCUUGGUUUGCUGGACUCUUUGACGAUACUGAGAAACUCAAU